AUGGAGCUGGUUACAAUCGUCCCUCGGCAGCGCUUAGAGGGCCUCGAGCUCUUAGGUGGUCCCGUCGCACCCCUCAUUCCACCCCGCCGUACAAACGUUCCCCUCUGGCUCGCCCUCCUGCUGAAGCGCCAACGCCGCGCAAAUAUCCUUCCACCACCCUGGCUACAUCCGGAAUCACUGUCACUGAUCCUGGAUAUCGAAACCCGUGACCAGGCCUACCAGCACGCGUUCUCCCCACCUCCACCCCUCCCAGGCCAACCGAGUCUGCGCGAACGCAGCUAUAAAAAAUCAACCGCCCGCCCGCGGUUCACCCCCGAGGGUACCAAGUACUACGCAACCCCGCCGUUCUUGCCGCAGAAUGUCGCGCAAGACCAGGCGUUUGAUGCCUUCGAGAGCGAGCCGCCUACACUACCGUUUCAUUGGCUGGAGGUAGGAACUAUGUUGCUGGAUGCUGCGGCCGAUGAUCUUGUAGAUCCGGAUCAGACGAGAAGGUUGUUGAAGGAGUUGAGAGAGGUUAGAUCUGCGAAGAUUAGGUCCGGCGUUGAAGUGUUGGAUGAUGCGGCGGGCCCUGGAGGAGGUGUGGCGCUUACGGGGGUUGGGGCUAUGGAAAUUGGUGAGGGGAGGGGGUUUAUCAGCGGAGUAGUUGAUGGGUUAAGACGGAUUGGAGCUUCCAAGGAGCAGGCUCGUCGGGAACAGCUAGCGGAUGCGACGAAUCGUGAAUACGACGACAUGCAGGACUAUAACGAUGAGAUGGAGUUCUGA